AUUCUUUGGUCUGCAACUUCUGGUAACUCAUCUGCCACGAUUACAUAGGAUCACUCUGAAGUGAAGUGAACCAUUCCCUGGAUGCUGUGAAGCUAUGGCGACGACCACAUCGAUGUCGUCCCAAACAUUAUUAUCCUCAUUCCUUUCACCCAAACCCUUGCCCCCAAAAGCUUCACUCCAUAUUCCCCAGUUGCAGAAGCGAAAACCGGUUCACACCGCGUUCAGCUCCACCCAUUAUUCCUUUUCCGUUGUGAAACGCAGCGUUUCGAGGACCCAUUUGUGCUAUGCGGCUCGGCGCAAACCCACGGCAACAGCUACCUCCUCUUCGGGGGAAGAGAGAGACGUCAAUUUCAGAAGAGUGCUUCAAAUUGGGUUGUGGGUUGCAGAAUGUGUCUACGUUUUUUGGCUGUUCCUGCUUCCUUAUGCCCCUGGAGAUCCUGUAUGGGCCAUCAGUUCUGACACUUUGAACUCUUUAGUGGGUCUUUCUCUCAAUUUCUUUUUCAUAUUACCUUUCAUGAACUUUGUUGGCAUACGUCUGAUUGAUGCACCGGUUCUUCAUCCUAUGUCUGAAGGACUAUUCAACUUUGUGAUUGGCUGGACGUUCAUGUUUGGCCCUUUGCUGUUCACAGAUUGUAAAAAAGAUAGAUACAAAGGGUCUCUAGAUGUACUCUAUGGCCUGCAACUUUUCCUGACAAAUACAUUUUUAAUCCCAUACAUGGCUAUCCGAUUGAAUGAUGCUGAUGAAGAAAGUGUUCGAAGAAAACUUUCACAAUUUAGCUCUCUGAUGACAAAUGGUGCUCCCUUUGUUGGAAUGAUUGGUGGGAGUGUAUGUCUUAUAUCUCUAUUGUGGGCACUUUUUGGUCGAAUGGAUGCAAAUUUUGGGGGCAUAGUAGAGAGAUGGGAGUACUUGGUCAGUUAUCUUGGAUCAGAGAGGCUGGCUUAUGCCUUCAUAUGGGAUAUAUGUCUUUACCUGAUUUUCCAGCCUUGGUUGAUCGGUGACAACCUCCAAAAUGUCCAGGAAAACAAGGUUGUUGUAGUGAAGUAUCUUAGAUAUGUACCCGUGGUUGGUUUAAUUGCUUAUCUUUUAUGCUUGGAACCCAAAGAGGUAUGAUUGCUGUGUUUCGAUGAUUAGUUUAUUUUGCACUCUGAAAACUUUCAGUUUAAAAUUACCCCUUGAACGUUUUGAGGAAAGCUUUUGAAUUUAAAAUGAACUAAAUCCAUACGCUUUCAUGU